AUGGCACUGGCAACUGCAGCCAAGAAAUGGAUGGACGACAGAGCGGAACGCAAGAAGGCCGAGGACACAGACUGCCAGGUCGCAACUAUCCAACACAAGCUACUCGCCACAGGCUGUAAUCUUCAUGAUAUCGAUGCUAUCAGUGGCCACCACCUAGUCAAAACAUGCGCCCCAUUGAAAGAAUUUGAUUGGGCUUACCACGUUCUCCCACAGCUCAAAGUCAUAAUCGACGAAGACAGGCGCGCCCGCAUGUUUGAAGGUCAUUUAUUGGACCACGUUAUGACCUACCGUGUGACCCUUGUCAAAUCUUUCUUCUACAACUUACUAUCCUCCGUCGCAUCCAAAAGGCGGGAUCUUCCUGACCCUCAAACCGUUUGCCUCCUACCCAUAUGCGCCGACCUUAUCAUCCUACCUGAUAACAUACCGGUAACUGAACAAACUUUGAUCAUCAAUCGGGCUGCCAUCGUUCGGGACCUCAGAGCUUGGGUACAGGAAGAGCGUCGAUGA